AUGACUCAAGGAAGAUCUUGUAUUCUGCUAUGUGAUAAGCUUCGUAAAUAUUGGCUUCCACCUGCAGAUGAAGAUUAUAAGGAUUAUGACCCACCUAGAGAGCCAGCAUUUGUUAUUCUUAAUUUUGAUACAUCAAUCUAUUCUAACAUUCAUGUUAGUUGUUCUUAUUUAUAUCCUACUGGUGUCUUAGACAUUUCCUGUAGUAAUCAAAUAGUUAAUGAAAGUGAUUCAUCUAUCAAUUCAAUUCAUUAUUAUUACUAUGAUCCUGGUUUAAAUUUUACCGAUGGAUCUGUUUUAAAUUUGCCAUAUGGUGUUUAUUUCCAAAUUUCGGCAAAUAAUUCGUCUCCAAAUGACACAUUACCGAUCGCGCUAACUUUCCCUUCAGUACAAAUUAUGGAUCCUGAUUUAUUAACUAACAAUAAUAAACACGCUGAUUCGAAAUUGUCGGAACUUGUAUCUGAAGAGUCUAACGCUUAUGUUCUUUCACCAUACCAGAGACAAAUUAUAUGGUCAGAUCGUGUUAAAUAUUCAGAUCUUGGAACUUCUUCAAAGAAAGGUGUUAUAUCAGUUGCAAAAAAGUCUGCUAAGCAUUUGUUUAAUUAUUUUGGUGUCACAACAAGAAUCCAAACCGUCAGUCCAUUGAAUCCGCAGGCCAUUAAUCCAUUACAAUUUACAUCUACUUUUGAAAUAUAUAAUCAAUCUUCAACUUUAAUUACCUAUAAGGAAACAGAGUAA